CUCUUCGCAAUCCUCUCAAAACGACUCAUCAUCAUCAUCAUCACCGCUCUUUUCUCUUUCAAUUUUCUCUCUCAAUUUCUCACACUUUCCUGGAAUCUUUCCCUUUUUCAUCAAGCAUUAACAGAAUUUUUCAAGAGAUAAAGUGGCUUUCCCCACCAUAAGAGAGAUCAUUGAAGAAACGACUCAAUAAAAGACUCUUUGCUUUGUUUAGAGUAGCAGUAGUUGCUUAUCACUGGAAACGCUUCUUUUUCCCACUGAUAGAAGCACUUUCUUGGAAAUUCUGGAAAAGGGUUUUGAGAUUUUGCCUAGAAAAAGAGAGAGAAAAUGUGGUCAAAUGAUAAAGACUUUCCAGGGAGGGGUUUCUUGACCCCACAGCCGCCUGCGUGGAAGAAACCACAGUCGACUAACGUCUUGCCAAUGUCAGAGAGGAAAAGAAUAUCGCCCGCCAAUAACGGAGAUUGCUUUCAUGUCAUUCACAAAGUGCCACCUUCUGAUUCUCCUUAUGGCAGGGCAAAGCAAGUCCAGUUGAUAGAAAAGGAUCCCAGUAAGGCCAUUUCUCUGUUCUGGGCAGCUAUUAAUGCUGGAGAUCGUGUUGAUAGUGCAUUGAAAGACAUGGCUGUUGUUAUGAAACAAUUGAAUAGAUCUGAUGAGGCUAUUGAGGCAAUCAAAUCUUUCCGACAUCUUUGUCCUUAUGAUUCUCAGGACUCUCUUGAUAAUGUCCUUGUUGAACUCUACAAGAGGUCUGGAAGGGUUGAAGAAGAGAUUGGAAUCCUUCAGAACAAACUGAGGAACAUUGAUGAUGGAGCAGUUUUUGGUGGAAAGAGAACAAAACUUGCAAGAUCUCAAGGGAAGAAGAUUCAGAUAACUAUUGAACAAGAGAAAUCAAGGAUACUAGGGAAUUUGGCCUGGGCCUAUCUCCAGCAACAUAAUUAUGGAAUUGCUGAGCAACAUUACAGAAAAGCUUUGUCCCUGGAGCCAGAUAAGAAUAAACAAUGCAACCUGGCGAUAUGCUUGGUGCACAUGAACAGGAUUGGUGAAGCAAAAUCACUGCUUCAGGAUGUCAAAGCUUCAUCUGGAAAUGAACAUAUGGAUGAAUCCUACUCUAAAUCCUAUGAACGUGCUCUUGAAGUGCUGAUGAAAAUAGAAUCGCAAUCAAUGUUAGAGCCGGUGGCACAGGAACCAGAUAAGGGAAGCGAAACUCGAAGAUCCUCAACAUCAAACAGGGAUAGAAGUUUGAAGGAAGCUAGCGUUGUCCUUCCUAGAAAUGAAGUUAACAUUCCUGGGUUUAUGGGCAGGAGAAGGUUACAAUAUGCACAGUGCGAAGGGAAGAUGCUGUCAGAUGAGCAAAAUGGUGAAUCUGACUGUAAAAAUCACCUUGAGAAGAAUGAUAACUUCUAUGAAUAUGAUGACAGAAGUUCACAAUGCACACCAAUUGGACUGAAAGGUACUUUGCAGUCUUCUCCACAAACCUUGUUCACUGAGAAGUGGAGAAAAGGUUCAUAUAUGGAAAGCCCGUGUGAAGGGUCCGUGUAUUCCAGCAAGCUGAAUGAAAACUGGAGGUAUUCAACAGGACAAGAAGUAGAUUCUGUUCAGAAGAAAAUAUAUGCUUCCUCAGCAGCUAAUAGAAAGAACUCAGAAGCUUUGUUUACCCAACCAAGACAAUGUUCAUGGGGGUUCAACACUGCAGAUCAGAGGAGAGGAGGAAGAUGGGGAGGAGAUACAGUUAGAAAUUCAAUUCGAAAACUAUCUUUUGAACAAACUCUAGCCACUGAAAGUUUGCCUUCACCUUCAAUCCAGAAUCUCAAGGAAGAACCACAAGCAUCAAGUAAUGGAAAGUUGGAAAAUUCUGCAACUGGCCUAGAGGAAGAGGAAGUCCAGGAUGGCUUAUCUGGAGUUCUAUUCACACAGCCCAGAAACUCUUUGUUAUGGCUGAAUAAUAGAGAUCAAAGAAGGGGAAGAUGGGCAGAAGAAUCUGUUGGCAGUUCAGUUUGCAAGCUAUCAUUUGAGAAGACUAUAACCAGUGUGACUAGGCAUUCAGCUCAAAAUCUUAAUGAACUACUGGUUUCAUCUAAAGAUGAAUCAGAAAUUGGACUGGAAAAGCCUGCAAAUGCACCUAAUAAGAAAAGCUGGGCAGAUAUGGUUGAAGAAGAAGAAGAAAAAGAAGAAUUGCAAAGUGGAAGAAAAUAUCUGGGGAAGAGCUAUGAAGGCUUUAACAGGGAAGAGGAGUUCAAUGAUGAAAAUCUGAAUUCCAACAUAAUUUAUCAACAUCCUGAUUCUAAGGAUCAUAUUGAGAACAUAGCUCAACAGCUUGAAUCAUUUGACAUGAAAGGUGGAUACAAUGCAUCACCAAACACUGUUUUGUCAAGGAGGAACCGGCUGCAGGUUUUCCGUGACAUAACCAGUCCAUGAAGACCAGUUUCAUUUAGACUGUUAUAUACAUUUAGUUUGAUAGUGUUGGUUUGAUUUACUCUCAUGGAACAGCCUUUUGUGAGACCAGCUUUACUGCCAGUCGCUAUUCUUGUAUAUCUUCAGCUUCUAUUCAUUAUACAUUGUAAAGAACCAUUUUAAUUGAAAUACGUAUAUCCUAAUUACAGUUCAAGAGAAUUUCAACGCCUUCUCAAUCAGACUUGAUUGUAGUUGUCUUGUCCAUAACUCCAUAUACUUUUUUUUUUUUGGCCUAACUCCAUAUACUAAUUGGACUUGACUAAAUUUCUUCUCGUAUUGAGGAUACUUGACUGAUUGCAACUUCUAGUAGAUUUGGCUUGAAGUGGUCAAACUAUGGAAUUCGAUCCCCACACCUGUUGAAACCACCUCUUAAGAGUGGCAACAUAAACCAAUGAGCUAAGCUCCGGAUUCCACCUAUUGUUAAUUUGAAAGUUAGAUCUGCAAACAAGUAAUGUAAGCUAUAUAACAAGCUUUCUGGUGCCAAAUUAUAUGUUGAGCUCAACGACCACUUUUGGGGUCUCGGAAAGAGAUUUUGCAGGUUCUGUGUUCCUAGGGCAAUGGAUGCCAUAGUGUGGGAGACUAUGCAAAUGAUACAAACGAUGUUCUUCAAACCUAUGGCUAUCGUGGAUAUGUUCU